AUGGUGGGAACAUACGAGCAUUUUGUUGCUUUUGGCACGGAUCUUGUCGGCAUCGAGCGAAUUCUCCGUGGUUUUCAAGCGAUAUGCUCUCUUCUAGUCUGGUAUCCGGCUCUAUUUGCCCUUAUCCAGCCUAAGGUGCCAUCGACAUUAUCUCUCCGCGCUCUAGGCGGCCAGAUCAACGUCUCCCGACGUUUCAUUCGGUUCUUCCGCUUUUUGGACACUUUCCGCGCAGGAUGGCUCGUCUACGUCGCCCAGGGUGACAAGAGCAUUGAUAUGUGGCUUGAUAUCAUUAGCAAGACUUGUUUCGGCAUGUUCGGCAUGAUGGAGACUUUGACCCUCCUCGAUCUCUGCGGCAUCGAGAACCUCCGUGUCUUUAGUGCUGAGAGGUUCCAGGAGAUUGAUUACCAGUCGCAACUUUUCUGGUUUGCUGGAUUGUACACCUCUGUUCUUGUCACGGUUAUCAGACUGUAUCGAUUAGUCGCUGGUACUCCUGCCUCUGUCAAGCGCGAGACUGUCAGCAUCAGCUCUACUGAGAAGCCAGCUGAACUUAUCACUGCAGAGAAGGAGACUGCCGUUCUCUCUGAAAAAAUGACCAAGGACGAUCUCGACAAGGAGCGUGAGCGUCUCAAGAGCAUCGUCAAUAAACGCAAGACCGAAAGACGUGCUUGGAUCAAGAAGUUUAAGAGAGAGGGCUACGUUCUCCUCCGCGCUCUCGUUUCUGAUCUCCUUGAUAUGCUUCUUCCUACCACUACAGUUGGCUGGGUCAAGCUUGAGCCCGGCUUGGUUAGUUUGGCCAUGUUUAUCACCACUUUUACUACAGGUCAGGCUGUAUGGGAGAGGGUUGGACAGAAUCUUCAACGACAGAAGCAGUAG